CUUGAACUACCCCUUUCAUAACUGUACUUCGUUCAGUGCUUUAUAUAUCUUAUCCGUUUCUUCAUUCCCCUUGCUCCCUUAUUCUCCCGAAAACUCAAACUCACAGAAGCUCAAAAGACUUCUUUCGUUUUAUUCAUCUUCUUCUUUCUGUCUCCGACGCUUUCUUUCUCAGUUUUCUCGGGAAAAUGAUGAGAAACAGAGUAUGAUCCUUCUUUUUCGUCACCUCAUCUGAUAGAUUCUUUGAUAAUGAGUCUGGCUUGUGUUUGUUGCAUCCUUCUCUGCCUCUACAUCAUCUACCUCAUUGUUACCUUGAUCGACUUCUUCUUUAUCACCAAAUCCCAUGUGUUUCGCGCCUAAAUGGAAGAAGAACAUCAAGAUCUCGAUAAACCCAUAUAUGGAGCUCUACGACAUCUCAAGAUUACUCAGUCACGAGAAGAAAAAGAAGAAUCUACGAACCAACAGCGUCACUACAGUCUAAGGGAAAACCCGAAGAAGAAAAUCCAGAAAUCUCCGGAGCCGAUGAAGAAGACUCUGUUUAGAUGCGAAGAAUGUGGAAAAGGGUUCCGGUACGAAAAGUGUUUUUCGAACCAUCUAGCGGUGAUGCAUUCGUCGACGAACCAGAAGGUUUAUGAAGAAUCUAUGAUGAGUCUGUGUUGUAGCUUCAGUCGUGUGAGGAAGAAGAAAAGAUCGAGCCUUAUGAGGUACAAGAAGACUUCACUUUCUGAGUCACGUUCUGUUUUUGUUGCGAAUGAUGACGAGUUAGAAGUGGCGGAUUGUUUGAUUCUACUGUCUAAGAGUAGUCCCAAGGUCUUAUACGGACUUAAACUUGAAUCUGAAGCAGUAGAUGUUACUCCUGAGACACCUAAAGGUAGCUAUGAUUUGGGUUGUUUGCGCAACAAGAAACCGCGAAAAGGUUGUGAAUUUGAAUCUGGGUAUUUCAGUAAUGAACAAAGACUUAUGGAAGAAGGGCUUAGUAGUUAUGAAACACUGAAAGAACCAGGUAGCUUCUUGAGUGACGAUAAUAGAUUGGAUCAGCAGAAGGAGAGAAAGGUGCAAAGACAUCUAGAAGAAGAGGUUACUCCUCCUGUGAGAUUCAAAGGACCUAUGAGUUUUUUGGGAGAGAAGCAUGAACUGGAUAAGCUGAAACAUUGCAAAGCCAGUGACUUUGAAUCUGGUCUUUACAGAACUGAGCUUGGAGUAAGGGGUAUGGAGUGUACUGAGAUGAUAGCUGAACCUGAAAAGAAGAACGUUGAGCAUCAAUGCAGGUUGUGCAACAAAGUAUUCUCGUCUUAUCAAGCACUAGGAGGUCAUCAGACGUUUCAUCGGAUGAACACAAGUAAGAACAAGAAGGAUUGCAGAGAGGAAUCAGUAGAACCUGAGGAUGAAUCUGUGAGAUGCUCAACGACGAAGAGAAGAAGACAGGCAAGUGCAGCAUCCUUUCAAGGAGUUCCAGCUCGGUUCAUGCUUUAAGUGGUCGCAUGGCAAGAGAAAACACUCGAAAAACAGAGGAAUUCCUUCCUGUUAGUGAUGUUGGAGUCAAGUUUAACUGAAACUCUGUUUUUCUCGAAUAGGAGCUGAUAGUCAAAUUUGAGACUUUUCUUGCUCUGUUGUUUUAGAUGAGAGGAAAAAAAAUCCAUUGUACUUGGAGCUUUAACAAUUUCAUGAGAAACUUGGUGGAGAGAAAACAGAUUGGGAUGUUUCUUGUAGCUGUUCUGAAUCGAAAUAGUAGAUAGUUAAGUUUGAGACUUUUUUGCUCUGUUUCGUUUGUAGCACUUGUUUCCUUGAAAUGAAACUCGGGGUUUUGAUUCCGGUC